AUGGUCGGCCUCAAUUUUCUUCCUCAGAUACCAGGGUACCUGCCCAAAUGGCAGCUUAUAGUCGCCGUUAUGGCUGUCUUCAAUAGUGCACAAAAUUUUGCUACUCUCAAAUUGACCAGGAGGAUCUACAAUAACAUCCCCUCCGCGACUGUUACACCCCUUCAGGCCCGCACAUUUGCUGCAUGGACAAUAACUUCAGCCGUGGUACGAUUCUAUGCCGCCUAUCACCUGAACAACAAAAUUGUCUAUGACAUGACUUUAUUCACGUAUCUCAUUGCUUUCGGCCAUUUCGCCUCGGAACUCCUCAUUUUCAAAACUGCUACACCGAACUUGGGCGUAAUAAGUCCUGUGAUCGUUUCCACAACGUCGUUAAUCUGGAUGUUCCUUCAAUACGACUUCUAUGUCAAGUUGUAA